UCUUCUUGAAGGUAUUAAUAAAUGCUCAAGAUGAUUCCAAUUAUCUGCCUGGCGAUGCUGCUUCCUGAAGUGGCUCACUCUGCUGAGGGUCACUAUGCCACGAAGCUCCUGAAUGAUUUGAUGGAGAAUUAUUCCAACGCCUUGCGGCCUGUGGAGGACACUGACCGAGCCCUCAACGUCACCUUACAGAUCACUCUCUCUCAGAUCAAAGACAUGGAUGAGAGGAACCAGGUGCUGAUUGCCUACCUGUGGAUCAGGCAGACGUGGAACGAUGCGUACCUGAAGUGGAAUAAAGAGGACUAUGACGGAUUGGAGGUGAUCCACAUCCCCAGCAGCUUUGUGUGGAGGCCUGACCUUGUCCUCUAUAACAAAGCUGACGAUGACUUCUCGGGGCCGAUGGACACCAACGUGAGACUGCGCUACAAUGGAGAGAUAACCUGGGAUGCCCCUGCCAUCACCAAGAGCUCCUGUGUGGUGGACGUCUCCUACUUCCCCUUUGACAGCCAGGAAUGCAACCUCACAUUUGGUUCCUGGACCUACAAUGGCAACCAGGUAGACAUCAUUAUGGGCAUGGACAGCGGUGACCUGUCAGACUUUGUGGAAAAUGUGGAGUGGGAGUGCCAUGGGAUGCCGGCUACCAAGAAUGUCAUCAUGUACGGCUGUUGCUCUGACCCGUAUCCAGACAUCACCUAUACAGUGCUCCUGCAGCGCCGCUCCUCAUUUUACAUCUUCAACCUCCUCCUCCCCUGCUUCCUCAUCUCCUUCUUGGCUCCCCUGGGCUUCUACCUGCCUGCAGACUCCGGCGAGAAGGUUUCCCUCGGAGUGACGGUACUUCUGGCUCUCACUGUGUUCCAGCUAAUGGUGGCUGAGAGCAUGCCUCCAUCCGAGAGUGUGCCCCUCAUUGGGAAGUACUAUAUUGCCACUAUGACCAUGGUCACAGCCUCCACAUCUCUCACCAUCUUCAUUAUGAACAUCCAUUUCUGUGGUGCAGAGGCCAAACCAGUCCCCCACUGGGCAAAAGUCCUCAUCAUCGACUACAUGUCCAAGAUUUUCUUUGUUUAUGAGGUGGGCGAGAACUGCGCCUCUGCCUCCUCCUCUACUUCAUCUCUUCACUUCCCCCAGGAUGACAUACGUCACAAUCACCCCAGCUCCCAAAUUCAUGUGAAUGGUAAACCGGGGAACCAGAGUCACAAAUACCCCAGACCUCAGACCCCCAAGCCGCAACACCAUCCCAGAGUGAAAGCCCAGCACCAUAUCACUAGAGAAGAGAGGAGCCACCUCUUCAGCCCUGCACCUGGGAAAUAUGAAGGCUCUAACGGGAAAUUCCCCACAGGAGAUUGCUGUAAAGAAGACCAGAAGGUCCCCUGCUACCCUGCAGACCAAAAGCUUCUCUGCUGCCCUGAAGACAAAAAGCCACUACCUCAAGGCCCCACUAUUACCUUUGGUCCCUGUGUGUUCUGUAGCUAUGGCAGCAGCAUCCCUGGUGUGGACACCAAACUGGUGCGCAAUGUUGAAUAUAUCGCCAACUGUUUCAGAGAGCAGAGGGCCACAUGCGCCAAAGGGGCAGAAUGGAAGAAGAUCGCUAAGGUGAUGGACAGAUUCUUCAUGUGGAUCUUCUUCAUCAUGGUUUUCCUUAUGAGCAUCCUCAUCAUUGGCAAGGCACCGUGACCAAGCAGUAAUGCUACAGUUUUUUAUAUAUAUAUAUUUGAUUUAGUGAACUCUUUUUGUCAAAUAAAAGUCAAAGAGAGUAUUUUGUAUUUUAUAAACAUGUUGUAUGCUGGCAUAUAUAUGGACUUUGUUGCUUUUUCUUUAUUCAUAAUAGAAAUAUAGAUUACAGUGAUUUGAAAAUA